AUGGCGAACCUCCACAGCCUCCAACACCCCAAACACACUACAAGGGCCUACACACUGUGUGGCUGCCACAUCCAGAAGCUGGGCUUGUUCUGUGUGAGUGUGUGUCUGAACAUGCAGGCCACAGUUUCUGCUCUGUGAAGAAGGCUGCUACCCAGAGGGAGCAGCUCAGAACACCACUGACGGCCCUACUGGAUAAAAUAGCUGUCGUUGACAAGACCAAACCCUCCUGGGAGAAAAUGGCAUCUCAAAUCGGGGCGCAAGCCCAGAAAACUGAGGGAGGAAGAGCAGAAGAAGAGUAA